AUGAAGCAAGGUGCUUUUGUUUCUUCAUGGCUGCCUGGUCUCAACUUUUCCGCACCAAGGUCCCGUUCUGCCAAAUGCCAUGCGAGUCCGCAAAUGAGUAUCGUUUCUCACGAAAAGCUCCAAGUAUUGUUCGAAUCUGAGACUUCAGAAUUAGCACAGUACAAAAUUGAACUUGAAAUCCCUGCUUCACAUUCUAAGGACAAGCGAAGGCAAAGCGUCCAAGCAUUAAGAAAGAACGCAGACUUCAAAGGAUUUCGCAAAGGAACCAUCCCGCCGUUCAUCAUGAAGGACAUUCCUGGGUUUGUGCUACGCGAUUCCAUCGAAGAGCUUCUCGAAGAAGCACUACAGGAGCUGAAGUUAGAGAAGACUGAUGGUGACGCAGCAGACCCAGACAUCGACUUUGAGGAAAUGAUGGGACGAUUUAAUGUUGGAGAGGAUUUCCGAUUUUCCCUAGAAAUGCCUCUGCGAAAGGUUUUGUCUUUAGAUACAGAAUCGUUAACUCAAGAUAUUUUGGAUGUGAAGUCGGAUGUAGAUUUGUCUGAUGCAGAGUCAGACGCAAUGAGCAAGACCGCUGAGGCUGAAGCAUCACAACCAUCGACUUAG